AUGAGUUUCAUUGGGCUCACCAAUGCCUACCAAUCCAAAAUCCAAGACUAUGCACAAAUUGCCCAACCCCUACAGGGCUAUACUAGGGGCAUGAGAUCAGCAGACUCACCAAGAGCAGAAUACAGGAGAGCACUGCAAGAAACCCAAGUCACACUGAGCAAGGAGGCCAAGAAGUUGUUUGCAAGGCUAAAGACAAUACUCACCUCAGAUUUGGUCCUGAGAGCCCCAGUAUACAAUGGUUGGCCAUUUAUUGUCACAACUGAUGGAUCUAAAUAUGGCUUUGGUGCAGUUCUAGCUCAGGAAUGGGAAGAAUUGGGAGUAAAUGGUGCAACCAAGAAAGUGAGGUACCCAGUUGCCUUUGCCUCCAAACAGACAUCCCAGGCCAAAGAACACUACAUCCCAUUCCUACUCAAGUUUGCUGCUCUCAAGUUUGCUUUCAACAAAUUUGAGAGUAUGAUAUUUGGACAGAUCAUUGAACUCAAGACAGACUGUAAGGUGUUGGCAGACCUCAUAGGGAACAAGAAGUUGAACUUGACCCACAAACAGUGGAGGGAAUUUGUCCUUGCAAGAGAUAUACAAGCGGGUUCACAAGAGCUGCAGAGACCUCUACAGGGCCCCAAAAAUCUUGGGAGCACUCUGGGACUUGCUAUUGUUGGCAAGCAUUCCAGAGCGUUUGGUAUGAUGCUUGGAAGUGCUUGUGGAGCGCUCCCAAGUGGUUGCCAAGCAAUCCAGAUCCGUUGGAUCCUAACAAGGAGGCUCCCAAAACUGGAGCACUCCAGAGUGCUCCUGGGUUUUUGGGGCCCCUGUAGAGACAACAACACAGGACCAGGGAGGCUUGAAACAGUCAACCCAGGAUGGGAGGCACAGAAGCAGCUUGUCAAUGAUUUAUACCAUUUGGCUCCAGACAACAGUUCAGCAUACUUGCUUGAUUGCUUUGCAGGGGACCCCUACUUUGAAGAAAUUCUGACGCACCUGUUGUUCAAGGCUGGAUUGUCAACCCCAGAGAACCCAGACAAAGUGGCAGCUAGCAAACAAAGAGCACACCAGGCAUCAGGAUACUUUGCCAAUGAUGGGAAGCUAUGGCUAGUUGGCAGAAAGAAUGGACAAGCAGGAACAAGAGUCAAAUGCAUACCAGAGUUGGAAGGACCAGAGUUGGCAGCAUCAGUCCAUGCAGCAGGAGUGGCAGACUAUGUCUUGUUCCCAGAAGGCCAAGGAGGAUUCAAGAAUAUCUUACUUGUGGCAGACAUGUACAGUUGGUUCUUAUUUGCAUUUCCAACUCACAAGCCUGGCACCAGGAAAUUCACUGUGGACUUGUUAGCUAGAAUAUUGAGUAUGCUCAUGAAACCCAGCUUGGUUAUGACCAAUGGAGGAAGUCACUUUGACUGCAAGGAGGUCCGCCAAUGGGCCAGCAGCUGCAACACACAACUUAUUAAGACGCCGGCAUAUGCGCCCUGGACAAAUGGACCAGCGGAAGGAUACGCAAAGCUCCUUGCAGGCAGGAUCAAACGCCUCUGUGCCCCAGAUCUUGGCAUAGACCCAGACGCUGACCACAACCCCAUGUCCACACCAGCAGCUUGGCCCAAACACCUUGAUGAAGCAGUAGCACAGCUAAACAAUAGGGUACUACCAUCCCUUGGAUAUUCUCCACGCAAACUCCUAACUGGCAUCCUAUCCCCCAAGCAAAAAGCCAAGAUUGGUAUACAAAUACAAGACCCUACACAAGAGGAGGUAGAUGUCAAUAUGGCACUCACGUAUGCACUCCGCAUGGAUGGAUACGCCAAGGCCCUACAGCACGCAACCAGGCGGAAGCGCCAGUUUGACAAAAAGGUUAAGCCAGCAGACUUCAAAGCUGGGGACCUAGUACAGAAAUAUGAUGCAUGCCUAGAUGAGACCCAUAGCUCUCUCUGCAAACUUGCCCCACAAUGGUCAGGCCCUGUUUGCAUAGUUUUGAAAGCCACCAACUCUUAUGUUCUUGUAGACCUUGAGGGUAACACCUUCUCAGCAGCUGCCCACUCACGCCUCCUGCGUCCAUUUAUCCCCUCACCUGGUACCCCGUUAGACAACUAUACCUGUGCACUUGCACUGGCACAACGCUUGGACUCAAACACCACGCAACCAGCCACACCCAUAGACCACUCAUUGCUACCAGUCACGCCCAGACCAGAAGACAAGAUACCAUUAGCACAAAACAACAAGACGCAACCCACAAGCCCAGACAAGGAAGCUGACAAACCAGACAAAACUGUCUUGAAUGCAUACCCAGAGCUCCAACAAGCCAUUGAGGAUGGGUCAGAGGCAACACUCCGCACCACUGCAUUGCCAGCUGAAAAAAUUUGUUACAAUAUAUGCAAGGAGUUGGAGCGCAUACAACCGGAUUUCUUUGAGCAACUAGGCGCCAUGGAGAGCAAUUCCAGAAGGUAUGUGCGGCAAGAUCUUGGUGUUGGUCAAAGUGGUGCAAAAGCUGAAGACAAUAACAAGGUGAAACACAGUAUUGGCCUAUCCCACCUGGAAUGUGCUCGCCUACUUGCACCAAUUACGGUGGACUUUGACGAUGAAGAAGAGAGGCGUCAAUUCACUGAAUGUGAUAACCCGCCUAUGAUCUCAAGCCACUGGCCACGUGCAUUGUAUCUAGACAACAACGGCAAUCCUACACAACCUUCAAAGGGCCUUCUCCAAGGCAAUUUACUCUACAAGAUGUAA